UGACCACAGUGUAUUGCUCCUUUUCUUCGUCUCUUUUUUUUCACUUUUCUAUUUUGUCUCAAUUUUUCUGUGGAUUUUAUUUGUAUUUAACGAUCCAAUAACCGUUUAUUAUCAUGUGGGGAUGAUGAAAUUUUGCUGAUAUGAUGUUUCAAAUUGUUAAAUAUACUCUGUUGGGUUUAUUUGUGUAAUUAGUCUGUAGUGACUCUUAUUUUCCAAAUAAAAAAAGAAGUAUUAACUCUUUGUCCCUUUAAAAUCUCGGAACACCCAAAAUCUCAGCUUCGUUAAUUCAUACAUGAAAUUCACUCUGUACCUUUGCCUGUUUCCCACCUCACUUCGAUUCAAGAAGUAGCCUCCCAAUCAAUGUUGGGUGGUUUAUACGGCGACCUUCCGCCGCCGUCGUCCACCACGGAGGAUGAAAAACUCGGCAACCCAUCGACCACUGCAGUGUGGUCAAGUAGCGCAAAGAUGGCUCCUCCCACGCUCCGAAAGCCGGCGUUUACUCCACCGCCUUCUAUUAUCCGAUCUCAAGCCAUCCUCAACAAACCCAAACCCACCAAAACCCUAACCUCCUUACCGGCAGAAGACGCACUGCCGGGGCCACCGCAGGCGCUGCAACCGGCAUUGGUGGGGGUGACGUCAUCUGUGGUGGAGGAAUACGACCCAGUGAGACCGAACGACUACGAGGAGUAUAAGAGAGAGAAAAAGAGGCGGGCGAGAGAGGCGGAGUUGAAGAGGGAGCUCGAGAGGCGGCAGCAGGAGGAGGAGAGAGAGAGGGAGAGGAGGGAGAGGGAUGAGAGAGAUAAUAAUAAUAGUAGCAGUAAUAAAGUUAGUAUUUCUGGGGAGGAGGCUUGGAGGCGGCGAGCCGCCAUGAGUGGUAGUAGUGGUGGGAAUCACGGCGGCCCGCCACCUCGUUCCCCUUCCCCACCGGGUGGGAGUGCGGAUGGGUUUGCAAUUGGGAAGUCGGAUACGGUUGGGUUGGGGGUAGGGGCUGGAGGGCAGAUGACCGCGGCACAGAGAAUGAUGGCGAAAAUGGGGUGGAAGCAAGGGCAAGGGUUGGGGAAGUUGGAGCAAGGAAUUACUACUCCUUUGAUGGCUAAGAAGACUGAUAGGAGAGCUGGGGUUAUUGUCAAUGCCAGUGAGACUAAGCAGCAGCAGCAGCAACAACAACAACAGCAAGAGAAGAAGGUGAAGAGUGUCAACUUUAAUGGGCCUCCUACCCGAGUUUUGCUUCUCAGAAACAUGGUUGGUCCUGGUGAGGUAGAUGAUGAUUUGGAAGAAGAGGUUGGAUCUGAGUGUGCGAAGUAUGGAACUGUUACUCGGGUUCUUAUCUUUGAAAUCACGGAGUCCAACUUCCCAUCUGAUGAAGCAGUGAGAAUAUUUGUGCAGUUUGAGAGGUCCGAGGAAACAACCAAGGCUCUAGUUGACCUUGAUGGUAGGUUCUUUGGAGGGAGGGUGGUUCGUGCCACAUUUUAUGACGAAGAGAAGUUCGGCAAAAAUGAAUUAGCUCCGUUGCCUGGAGAGGUCCCUGGCUUUUGAGGAUUCUACUGAGUGUAGUAGGUUGGUCAGGAAGAUGUAUACUUUGUUUUUCAAUAUCGUGACGAUUGGGUUGGAUCGUCUUGUAAAGAAUUGUUUACUUUUAACCCGGUGAAAUGAAUGGCUUGAGGUGAUAAAUUAAUUUAUCAACCAAUUCUAACUGAGAAA